CAGAGUUGCCCAGCGAUCCUCCGGAGAUUCGCCUGGCACACUGCCUACGGCUCGUCAACAGUCACCCGCGGGAUGAGCACAUCACCUUCGAAGCAAAAGACCAUGCUUACUUUUGGAGAAAGAGGCGUGCAGCGAAAUCGGUGACCCAACUGGUGCACGAGUUCGUGAACGAGUUCUGCGAGGAGCAAGCGAUCAGCUCCAUGCGGGGAAGCACCAACUGGCCACGCCCAGGCUACCUUAAAUCGGUGCUCUCCAAGCAGCAAGAAGCCGAACUCGCGCAGCUGAGAGACACAGAACAGCUCCGACAAGCGUUCCAGCAGGAAGGACGAGACGAGCUGCAAAUCUGCAAACUCGCUCACCGGCUACUUGCACGCGAUCGGAAGGACGGCCCGAUCGCCAAGCUCGUGGCAGGGUUAGGGCUCUCCGAGAACGAGAUCCGGGAAAAGUGGGCGCAAGCUCGAGAAGACGGCGCGAAAGAAGGCACGUGGAUGCACGCACAAUUCGAGCAUCUACUGAACGGUGGAUCCCUUCCAAGCCGGACGAAAGAAGUCGUCCUGCUGGCACAAUUCCUACGCUCCCAUCCAGGCAUGACGGCAUAUCGCACAGAAUGGCGGGUUUACGCAGAGGAAGAGGACGUGGCUGGCAGCAUCGACUACGUAGCGGAACGAACGGACGGCAGCAAAGUCAUAGUGGACUGGAAGCGGACAAGAAGAACGAGAUUGAGCGGCGAGGCUUUCGGCAAGACCAUGCGGCGACCGUUGUGCAGCGUACCCGACUGCACCCUUUGGCACUACCGCCUCCAGCUGAACGUGUACAGGUACAUUCUCGAGAAAUACUAUGGGCAGAACGUCUCGUCCAUGUACAUAGUGGGCACCAACCCCGACAACGGCGACCAUCCAUAUGUCGACGAAGUGCCACGAAUGCAGACAGAGACGGAAGCUCUUUUCCAACGUUGA